CUGUUCUUCUUCGAAAGAAUAUCAAAAGGUUGAGUUGUUGUAAAUAUAUUUAAAAAUAAACACGAAUUGUCUAAUCAUUCUUGUCUCUUUUAUUUUGAGUAUUCACAUUAUUUUGAGUUUUUCAGAGAACAUGGAAGACGAUGACUCUCUGCUGGAAAAACCCGAAGAAAUUGAUCCAGAAGAAGAGUUGAACAUUGAAAUGAAAAGUAUUGAUUGUGGUGAGUGAAAUAAAUAAUUUUUCUGUGAAAAAAUUAAUCGUGUGAUUUGUUUAGAGAAUGAAGAAGAUCUCGAUUAUACUGAAGAUCCACAAGAACUUGACGAAGAAGAAGAAGAGGAAAAUGGAGAGGAAAUUGAAAAGAAAGAAAUAAGUGAAGACCAAAAUGAAGAGGAUGGUGAAGAAAAAGAAGAAGGUGAACUAGAAGAUGGUGAAAUCGAAGAUAGUGACGAAGGUAUAUUAUUGAAUUAAAAACACGUGAGAAAUAAAAAACUAGGUCAAGUGAUGUGGAUUUAAAAACAGUAUAGGUAGCCAUGUCGUCAGUCGCGAUGCGGUUCUGCGUUGCGUGUUGACCUCGAUAUUUUCCAUUGAAUUUUCCAAAUUUUCAUUUCUAAAAACGUGUCGCCCACACGCAUCGCAACUGACGACAUGGCUACCUAUACUGUUUUUAAAUCCACGUCACUUGACCUAGUUUUUUAUUUCUCACGUAUUUUUAAUUCAAUAAUACAUCGAAUAAUAUUUUAUUCGGACUAAUAUAUACGUUUUAGGUGAAAAAAGCGAUGGAGAAAUUGUUGAUGAAGAUUCUGAAAUGAACAAAAAAUUAGAAGAAUUUAGAAGGAAGCCAAUCGAGGUUUGUUCGAAUGAAGUGAGUGUUGUGAUUGAUUUUGCAUGGUUUUGGCUUUCAUAAUUAUCUUGAAAUUCAUUUGAAACUAUUAUUCAGGAACGUAUAAGUCGACCUGUGAUUCGUGGGAUUCCGCCACCAACAAAUGGAACAAUUCGGCAAAGAAUUACCGCGCCUGGUUCUUGUAAGUCACCUUUUUAUUUUAUAAAAUAAUCAAUUUACAUUAAAUAGUUGUUUUCAGCAAAUGUGGAUAGUUCUUGGGAAGCAGCAUUGGCUCGUGGAUCACAUAGGCUCAUUGAAAAAGCAUCUGCGAUACGAAAAGAGGAUCCGGAUUAUGAGAAAAAGAAAAUGUUGGCAGCACCAGUUGGAGAAAGAGAAUAUGGUAGAAGACGAGCUGAUUCUUCUGAUGAUAACAGAGAUUCCGGCUCGCGACCAUUGUUUUUGAAAAGACGAACACGAAGUCCAAUCAAUAGGUCGCCAAUUAGUUUUUCACCGGGAAAAGAUGCUAGUCCUAUAAGUAGUGAUACUGAUGAAGAAGCAAUGAAACGGCCAACAAAAUAUGCGAAGAAAAGAUCUUCCAGCAGUUCGAGUAGCUCUAGUAGCUCAAGUUCUAGCUCAAAAUCAACCUUCGCUUCGGAAAAACGUGGAUUGAGAAGGGUUUCGACAAGUGAUGAAGAUGAAGAGGAGGAAAAGAGAAAAAGAAUGAAUAGAAAAAGUCGGGAAAAAGAAGUUAUCAAAGAUAGAAGAAGAAAUAAUAAUAGUGAAAAUAAUAUUAAAAGAAGAGUCUCUGGAUCUUCUCCAGAUCGAAAAGGACGUCGACGAAAUCGUUCAUCAUCUUCUGAAGGAAGAACACCUUCUCCAAGUCGUUUUUCAUCGUUUUCUUCACGCGAAAAUAAUAAAAAUACGAAAAAAGUUCGACAUAUGAAAAGAAAAACUGGAAAUAGUCCGCCAACAAGAAGAAGUCGAUCUCGAACAAGAUCUCGAACCCGUUCUCCGCCUCCAUAUCCACCUGGAAUGAGACCAUCAAGAAAAAGAAGUAUCUCUCCAAAUGCUGAUAUUUCUUCAUAUCGAAUUCCAAAAAGAAACAGAUCUGGUGAAAAAAGAAAAUCAUUCAAUAAAGGAGAUACUGUUCCAAUGUUUUUGAAAAAUAAGAAGAAAGCUGUACCGAAAAAGAAAGAUCUCGAGCAAAUAUCAGAUAGUGAUAAUGAAGAAGACAAUAAGAAAUCGAGGAAGAGAAAACGAUCUUCCUCAAGUUCUUCAUCUUCGAGUUCAAGUUCAUCAUCUUCUUCAAGUUCUGGUGAUGAAAGUGAUAAAACUCCAGCAAAAUAUCGCGAUUCUCCACUUGCAACAAAUCUAAGGGAAAUAUCGCUUUCACCACCUCCGCCCCCUAAAAAACGUGCAACAAUUGAAGAAGUUCCAUUGCCACCAGAAGAUGUUUCUGAAGAACCAGUUCCACCACCUCCAGCACCACCAACAUAUGAAAAUGAUACGGAAGAAAAAUCGGAAAAAGAAAAACGAAAGCAAAAAAGUAGGUUCUAAAAAUCGAAUAAUUAUUGACAAUGUAUAAACAUGGCAUUUUUUUCAGAACGUAGUGAGUUACUCGCCCGCCUUAAUCAAAUCGAAACCAAAUUGCAAACCUCCGUGCCUCCAAAAGAAGUCUAGUUUUAAAAUUGUCUAACUAACGCAGUAUUUAUGUCUUUUUUAAUGUAUAUUUUUAGUGAAUGUCCUUUCUGUUCUAUUUAUUUAUUUAUUUCAUUACGGUUGUUUCUUUUUCAUAUAUUUUUUCAAAAAAAUAAUUCUCGUGUUUUUGGGGUGAUAAAUGAUAAUAAAAAAAUAUAAAUUGCUAAUUAUCUUCAGUUUGGAAUAUUUGUAAUUUUUACCUGAAAAAUAUCUGACUUUUUGGAUUUACAAAAAAUCGAAAAUUUAGAUUUUCCGAUGGGCAAAAAAGAAUAUCGAGGAGAAAAUGUGCAAAUUGGAGAAGGCGGUUUUGAUAGCAAUUCUGGACAUGAUCGACUUGGUGUAAUUCAUUUGGAGAAAAAUACAAAAUCGAAACGAAAUCCAAGAAAAACACCGAAAACAAAUGCAGUUCGUGGAAAAUUGACAGAAAAAGAAAAAUCGGAAUUCAAGUGAGGGUUUAUUUUUUUCCAUAUUUUUGAAUCGAUUAUUCUAUGAAUUGAACAUUUUCAGAUUCAAAGAUGUGAUUGAAAUGAAUACAGCAUGGCAGACAUAUUUUCAACAAAAAUUGGGGCCGAAUUAUACGAGUAAAAAAAUUGACAAAUCGAUUUUGAAAGCGGAUUAUCAUGGAGCAAUGUUGACUGUUUGGAUGGCUGAAAAUCCUACUCAGGUAAAUUUUAAGAAUAUGCGCGAUAAUUUUUUCAAAGUUAACUUUUUGGAAAACUUUCAAAAAAAUGUUUUGAGGUGACAUUUGAUUUAAACUUUUGAUUUUCAUGUUUAAAUUCAAUUCAUGUUUCAAUUUCUUAAAUAUGAAUUCAAUCGUUGUAAUUGAAAAAAACAGAAAAAUUUCAAUUUUGAAAAAUCGAAUGAUCCAAAUAUCAAUUUAAACGAAUUUUUCCGAAAUUUUUACGGUAAUCCCAAAUUUUCCCUUUUUCCAAAAUAAGUACUUUUCAGCUUUAAAAUUAAAACUACUUUUUAAAUUUUUUUACAAAAGUUUUUUAACGUUGGCUUUUUUAAAUAGAGUAACAACUUCUACUUCUAAAUUAGUUACUGUGAAAAACAAGAAAUUUCAGAUUGGUAUAAGUGGAAUUGUUAUUCUCGAAACCCGUCACACUUUCCAACUUGUAACAACAGAAGAUCGAUUUGUAGUUAUUCCAAAAAAAGGUACUGUCUUCCGAUUUCUCCUUUCCGAUCGAAUUUUCACACUUUUUGCUGAUGGAAUGCGAACUCGUCCAGCUUGGAGAGGUAAAAAACCACGUGUAAAACGUGUUAUUCCAAUGUUUAUUCGUGGUAUUCUUGGGCCUGUUCCAACUCAGGACUGA